AUGUUGGCGCUCACAGUCUCAGUUGAUGGUCAUGUGGGUUUAGGAGAAGAUUUGGCAGACAUGGGUAAGCUCAGUUUUGGCAAGGUGUUGGACUGCCUUUGUCUUACUCCAGGUUCAAGUUGCUCUUGUUUCUGCAUCAAUUCGAUGGAUAGUCAAGAUGAUGACUUCGAGAAAAAUCCAUUGAUACCUAGUGACAAAAGUCAGUUGAUGAGGUUGAAAGAUGUUGUUGCUGGUAACCAAACAUUGGCCUUUCAAUUGAAGCCCAAGAUGGUGGUACUAAGGGUGUCCAUGGACUGCAAUGGCUGUGCAAGGAAAGUUGAGAAACAUGUUUCGAAGCUGGAAGGAGUGUCCUCAUACAAAGUAGACCUGGAAACCAAGAUGGUAGUUGUUAUUGGGGACAUAAUCCCUUUUCAAGUACUGGAGAGUGUGUCAAAGGUUAAAAGUGCUGAGCUUUGGAAUUCUCCAUCCUGA